AUAGGUGGCGCUUUAAUCGCCUGAAAAGAAAACACCAGGUCAUCAUGUCUUACAUGCUUCAACAUCUUCACAAUGGCUGGCAGGUUGACCAGGCCAUAUUGGCAGAGGAGGAUCGCGUAGUGGUGAUCAGAUUUGGACAUGACUGGGACCCAUCGUGUAUGGUGAUGGAUGAAACCCUGUACAAGUGUGCUGAAAAAAUGAAAAACUUCGCUGUGGUUUACCUAGUGGAUAUUUCAGAAGUGCCAGACUUCAACAAAAUGUAUGAAUUGUAUGACCCUUGCACCAUAAUGUUUUUCUACAGAAACAAACACAUCAUGAUAGACUUGGGAACUGGUAACAACAAUAAAAUAAACUGGUCGAUGGAAGAUGUGCAGGAAUUUAUUGACAUUGUGGAGACUGUAUUUAGAGGAGCAAGAAAGGGAAGAGGUCUGGUGAUAUCACCCAAAGACUACUCUACAAAAUACAGAUACUAACGACUGUUCAUUUUAUCAUUUGACCAGAAUCAUUCAUGUACUGUAUCAUUGAAAGAAAGUAGAUCCAAAUUGAUAAUUUGUACAAAUAUUGCAUUUUGUUCAGUACACAAUUGAACUAUAUGUUGUAUGAUUUUUCUGUCCUAAAAAAUGAGAGAUUUUAUGUAAAGAUUAUUUCAGAUAUAAUGACUUGUUUAUUUGAAAUACUUUCAGGUUAUUUAAUCAAAAUUAAAAAAACAUUUUGUAAAGAACAAUUUCUGACAAAUUUCCCACAGGUCAUCUGUGUCUUGACUGUACAAUAAAAUUGCUAUACAAUUUGUAAACAUUUAUUGAGUAUUGAUGUUAAAUAGUAGGCUGUCA